CUGGUCUGGCACACAAGAGCCUUUUUCUCUGAUGUGCUCAUAGGAAAUAAGGAGCAAGAUGUGGAUCUUUGUAAUUCUUUACAUCCUGGUCAUGAACAUCUCCCAGGUUGCCGCCUCAGGAAACGCAACACAAAUGUACUAUGCAAAAAUGGAAAUCGACAAAGGCAGCUUCAAAAAGAUACAGGAGCUGCUGAGUUCUUCUAGGCUUAACGAUAACUAUAACAUCGACAACAUUAGAAUUACUUCAGGAUGUUCCACUAAAACGGACAAAACCACCUGUAAAUGCGAACCGGGUCACAGAUGGAUUGAUGAGGUCUGUUUGCCUGAGUCGUGCUGUGAUCAGGAAUCAUGCACCUUUGUAAAAAAACCUUCCAGGAUGUGUAUUGUGAACACCACAGUGUCUAUCACAGGGUCACUGGUCAUGAACGGAGAUGGGUACCAAGACUGUCUGACAAGUCAGGAUUCACAAACCUAUAAGGACUGCAGCAAAAAAUUACUAGUGAAGUUUAAAGAGGAAUACAACACUUUCAUUGGAUUUGACGAUUUGACUUUUGAACGUUUCAGAAUCGGGAGCCUAAUUGCAGACUUCAAAAUGACCAUCGCCUCCGCAAUCAACACGGGUGACCUGUUAACAAAAUCCGAAGGACUGGCUCGACGUCUCAAUGGCUCAAUGAAUUUGGAGACAACAGGAAUUGUCACUAUGAAAAUGCCAGCAGGACCUUUGAAUUACAAAAGCACGGUCAUGAUUGAAUGCACAUCACAGGAGGACCUGGGAGAAAACCCGGAGUGGAAUUUGAGAGGGAGGAACAAAGUUAAUCUCAUAACAAAUGGAACAGUCUCAUUGGUGACGUAUGAAGACAAAAGGAGCAAAGUCGAAAUCUCUAAAUUGGAUGAACUCUGGCAAGGAGAGUACAGAUGUGUGUAUCAUCAAAAGAAGGGCAUUACGAGCAUUCGUCACAAAGCCAGUGCGACAAUUGAUCUAUGCCUCCUGCCAGACGUUGAAGUCCUUACAGAGCCAUCAUUUCCACGCUGUACAACAGAUAAUAAGAUUCUGGCUGUGAAAGUUAGGUGCAAUAUACGCAACAGCACUGAGAGUUAUACGGUGACAGUGGGUAAUACUCCUACUGAGAGUGGACAGUCUGAUGAUGCAAAUACACUGACGUACACUAAGACAACAAUAAUCACCUGUGGUAAAGCUGAAGAUAUCUCCCUCGAAUGCAUUUUUAAAAACAGAUGCAAUCAAACUAAAACACAAGAAGUUCCUAUCAAUAUCAUAAACGUGGAGGAUAAGUUCUGUGCAGCAGAAGGUGACUGGGAGGACACCAAGAGCAAUAAUGUUGCUAUAUUAAAAUGCAAGAGGAGUGCUGGUGUGCGCAGAAGGCCCUGCAAUUCAAACGGCGAAUGGGAAAAGGAGCAGUCAGAAUGUGUGACCCUGGAACUGUAUGAAGUCCUGCAUAGCGCAGAAAUUUCUGAUAUUGGACUUGGUAAACUGGAAACAAACGUUGCAGAUGUAUUUUCCCGCUUUCAGAAUUUUUCAAAGAAAGAGGAAGUAAACCUUCUGGCCAAUAUGGAUGCAUCAAUUCAAGUUCUCACCACCUUGAACCAAAAGCUUAAAAGCAUAGAUGAUGAAACGACUGUGAAAGACUUUAUUGAGUCAUCCAGCAACAUACUGAACAAGAAAAAUGAAAAAACAUGGACAGAAAACAAAGAUAACAGCAACUUGACCACACUUGCUGAGAAUUACCUCAGCUCAGUUGAGGAAUUGAUUGAGAAGUCAAAUAUAACAGACAAAAGUAAGAAACAAACAAACCUGGAGGUGGACACAUGCAGCUCUGAAGAAUGCAGCAACGUUGUUUUCAACACCACUGUCACUCUUCAAAAAUCCAGCGACGGCUUAGUGAAAACAGCAGGGUUCAAAGAACUGGAGAACUAUCUGCCCAACAAUGAUGAGGACAUGGAAGUGAACAGUAUUGUUGUUACAACUACAACCAAUCGGUUGGACAAGUUAACAAUUACAAUUGACUUUAAGUUGCACAAACGGAGGCCUCGCGAUGUUGAAUUGAAAUGUGUCUUUUGGGACAACAGCAGCAGAAGUUGGUCAGGAGAUGGUUGCGAAUGGGAAGGUUCCUCUAAUGAGGGAAGGUGCGUUUGCGACCAUUUGUCAGCCUUUUCCAUUCUAAUGGCGAAAAAACCCCUUGAUGUUCCUGCCUUAUCCACGAUAACAGACGUGGGCCUCUCCAUAUCAAUCGUGUCGCUUGUUAUCAGCCUGUUAAUAGAACUGAUUGUCUGGAGUGACGUAGUUAAGACCAACACUUUGUAUUUGCGGCACACUUCUCAUGUUAACAUUUCUGUGUGUUUGCUGAUCGGAAACUGCUGUUUUCUUUUAUCCAAGCCAGGCAGGUCCAACGCAACCUGGUGUCAAAUCUCUGCAGUGCUGAAACAUUUCUGUUACCUGUCUAUGUUCUUUUGGAUGUUUUGUCUGAGCGUCACACUCCUCCACCAAGCAGUCUUCUUGUUCCAUAGAGUGAGCAAGACAUUCUACCUGCGGUUCUCCAUGGUCGUGGGCUACAUUUGCCCCUUCCUGAUUGUGUUCAUCACAUAUCUUGUCUACGAUAGCGGCACUGAAAGUUCAUACUACUCCAAGAAAACCUGCUGGCUGGUCUACAAAGACUCACUGGAGGGUUCCAUCUUUACCUUUAUAAUUCCAGCCUUUAUAAUUGUAUUUGUUAACAUUUUCUCCAUGUUCGUGGUGAUCAUGAAGCUUUUGGACCACAACAAAAAUGCACAGCUAGUUGACGAAAAAGAGAGGUCAGCAGCCAAAACGGUUUUGAGGUCAGUCGUUCUUCUGACUCCUGUCUUUGGCCUGACGUGGAUUUUUGGAUUUGCCGUGAUGAUGAUUGACCUAACCGACAAACCACAAGGUUUGAUAGUCAAUUAUGUCUUCACCAUUCUGAACGCGUUCCAGAUGCGUGAUGCACUGAUGAAAUACUUCAACAAAAAAGCUGCUGCGUCCGUCAGCAACAGCACAGUGAAGUCAGAAUCUUCGUCAACAGUGAAGAAGUAAAACCAGCCUCAGCCGCCGCAGUCUCAACAAACUACAUUUAACGGUUUCCAUAAUGUGAACGUUAGUUAUUUAGCCAUUGUGUGCAAAAAUCACGAGCCACCGCUCACUUCUUAAUAUACUCAAAGGAAAAACGGGUUAAUAUUUCAGCAACUCAGUGAAAUGUGUAAACACAAAUGAUGUGUUUAGACACACGUGUAUGCUAAUAUAUACUAAUGACUGUUUGCAAAAAGUCAGCCAAACUGUUAUCUUUGGCAUGCUUUAUGGAUGGGAACAAAUGAUAUCUUGUCUCAUGUGAGAGGUAAUUUGAAUGAAACUACUAAAGAUAAAGUUCAAUGUAUUCUUUGUCACAAGUAGACCUCGAUGACCUCAUCCUUUGCGUUUGGUACCUUUUUUAUGUCUGAAAGAGGCAUUUUUCUUUGUUAAGUGGCCUAAAACAUCCAUAUUGUUCUGACACAGGUCAGAUACAAAAAACUAAACUGAGGGUGAGCGAUACAGCUGUCAAUUUAUACAGAAAAGAGCGUUACUGCUGAAGACCCCUUUGACUGAUCACAAGAAAAGACCAGAUUCUUGGAAGCAGAGUAUGAAGAAAUGAAGGGAGACUCAAGAGUUUUUGUACAGUGAUGCAUAAAGUUGUAAAAUAAUUAUUUGUGCCUUUAAGUUACUGCUUCGUCACACUGAUACUUGCAGCACUGGUAUAUGCUGCUAGAGGUCUGUGGUAUCUGACAUAAUCCUGAAUGCAAAAUAGUCAUGUAAAUGUUAUUCCAUCUCAUUUGUAUCAAGUUGAUUCUCCAUUCGAUUGUUGCUUGUAUGAAAUCCUUUUUUCCUUGUUUUCUUUGCCUUGAUCUCCCCAUUCCUCAUCUGUAUCAUCCAGCUGAAGUCCCUCUUUAGCCGCCGUUUCGCGGAAGGUCUGACAUUCCGUCUCUGCUCUGAAACACGAAAACAGGGCAGGUUAUCUAGUGUGCAUAAACGCUGAUGUUGCUUCUCUCAAUAUUUUUAAUAAAGUAAUGACAAUAAAAUGAAAUUAAAACAG